UUAAGCUCACAAGAAGAAGGGAAGAGACCAACAGAUCUUUCUCUCUGCUGAGGCUCUGACUGUAUCUUCGACUCCCACAACUCCUCAGUGCCCCCACACUCACUCCCACGCCCACUCUCUCUCUCUCUCUCUCUCUCUCUCUCUCUCUCCUCCUUCUUCUUCGUCGUCGUCCUCCUCCUCUUAUGGCCCGACCAGCCCACCAACAGUCCCUCCUCUGCCUUCUCCUCCUCCUCUUCCUCACUCCGUUCCCGCCGUCGUAUCAACAGAGCACCAUCAGCCCCGCCGACAUCGCAGCCCUCCGCGCCAUCAAGGACAGCCUCACCGAUCUCCCCGGCUCCCACUUCUUCUCCACCUGGGACUUCGCUUCCCCCGACCCCUGCUCCACCUUCCUCGGCCUCUCCUGCUCCUCCUCUGCCCCCGCCCGAGUCACCGCCCUCUCCCUCGGUUCCGCCCUCGCCGGCUCCCUCCCCGCCUCUAUCUCCUCCCUCUCCGAGCUGACCCAGCUCGUCCUCUCCCCCGGCAUUGUCACCGGCCCCAUUCCCCCGGAGUUUAGCCGCCUCUCCGCCCUCCGCGUCAUCUCCCUCCCCCACAACCGCCUCACCGGCCCCAUCCCCGCCUCCCUCUCCGCCCUCCGGAACCUCCACACUCUCGACCUCAGCUACAACCAGAUCUCCGGCUCCGUUCACCCGGGCCUCACCGCGCUCCCCCAGCUCAAGGUCCUCAUCCUCUCCGCCAACCGCCUCUCCGGCGAGUUCCCCAGCGUCGCCACCACUCUACUCCACCUCGACGCCAGGCAGAACCGCCUCACCGGAGGCAUCCCCCGGCUGCCGGCGUCGCUCCGGUACCUCUCCCUGUCGCAGAAUUACCUGUGGGGCCCACUAGCUGAGCUGGGCUCCGGCUCGUUCCCCGAGCUGGCGUACCUCGACCUCAGCAUGAACCGGCUCAGUGGGCCCAUCCCCGCCUCGCUCUUCAGCCGCCCCACAGUCCUGUCAUCAAUGCUGCUCCAACGGAACAAUCUGUCCGGGGUGGUCCCCACAGCGCCACGUGGCGAAUCCUACGGCCCCGGAUCAAUCGUCGACCUGAGCCACAACUCCCUCACGGGGGAAUUAUCUCCCAUACUAGCGGGCGUCGAGACACUCUACUUGAACAAUAACCGUCUGAUCGGCUCCGUACCUGACGAGUACGUUAGGAGCGUGUGCGACGGGACCACCAGAACGCUGUACCUUCAGCACAAUUACCUGACGGAGUUCCCGUUAGAGCGGGGAAUGUCGGUGCCGGACUCGGUCUCGCUGUGCCUGUCAUACAACUGCAUGAUGCCGCCGGUGGGCCUUGCAGGGUGCCCGUCCAGCGCCGGCACCCAACUCUCCCGGCCGCCGGGGCAGUGCUCCUUGUUCAUCGGCGGCGGCGGCGGGUCCCGUGGCUGAUGUAAUGGAUCGAUCGGACGGUCGGAUACUUGAAUUUUAUUCGUUGGUAACACGACUAAGCCAUAGAGCAAAUACAUUCGUAUAGAUAGAUUCAGGGUCGGGUUAAUUAGUUGUCAUAUGGGGCCAAUUAGUGAUUAGUUUAUUUAAUAAUCUUAUCAUUAAUAUUACUUUUUAAUUCAUUUGUGUUUGUAAUUUGUCUUUUGUUUUUUGUUUUUUUUUUGGCCGGUGUUCAUAAAUUGUUUAUAGGGAGUGACCGUGACAGCGAAUAAAGAUUCUCAAUUUCUCAUAGCCAGCGUGCAAAGUUUGCCCCCAUUUAAUUAAUUAAUUAACCAAACUUCGUAGUUGUGGUUUGAGGGA